AUGGCUACGCUUUCCAAGUCUUCCAAUUAUUGUGCCGAAACACUGAGUUUCUUGAAGUGGUUUGAGACCCAUUGGAAAUUAGACAUUUCAGUGAAGGAUAAAUUCCAAACUCUCAGACUCAAGAUGAUCCUGCUUGAAGCCUUCUUCAGCCCCAAAAGGAAGUGGCACACUGAUGACAAGAAUUUGCAAGUCCACCUUUGGCAUAUAAAUCAGGUGCUUUAUCAUGCUACUAAAAACUUCAUUCUGUCAAAAGGGAAAUGUUGGACCCUCCAAGAGAAGUUGUGUGGUAUCAUUUCUGGUGUCAUAAAGAAGCUUGAUAUGGCUAUUCCGCACAUCAGGCAAAUUUGUGCACUAGUUUCAAAAUCAAGAAGAUCCACUUGUUCCACAGCAAAUGCAAUGAUUGAGCUUAUUCAUAUGCUUCUGGAGAAAAUGGAAAAUCUACUCAGCUGGAAGGUUCAGUCAUUUCUUCGUCUAAGUAAAGAAAUGGAAGAGCUUGAAGAGGAUUUGAGGUAUCUAAGAAAUUUUCUUCGGGUUACAGAAAUUUGGUGCAAUAAAGAUGAGAUAUUGAAAGAUCUCUUGACACAUGCUGGAGCUGUGGCUUACAGUACAGCAUGUAUCUUGUUCUUGUGUACUGAAGAGAGCAAGAUGGAUGUUGACAUUGUGAACGAGAUGAAGGGUGAAGUUUCUUGUGUGGUACAGAAGAUUAAACCUUUUCAGCCAAAUGUGAGAGAGAUUUAUAUCAAAGCCCUGAAAGCAUUAGAGUCAUCGCUACAAGAUACCAUUUUGGUGGAUGAAACUGUUCUGCACUUUCUCUAUAGUCUCCUUGGCCACGUGAUAGAUCUAUCAAAAGUGAAGGCAAGUUUCAGGAGAUCUGUAAUAGAUCAAAUUGAAGCUUUGCAUAAGGAGCUACAGAUCAUGAGAGAUUAUCUGUUCGAUCCAUCAGCUUCGCAGUACAAUCAGAGCAAUGAGAAAGCUAAUAAUGUACUGUUGCACAUCAAAGAUUUGCUCUUUCACGCAGCAUAUGCUAUUUAUACGCCUUAUGACACUGAUAUAAGUAAAGAAAUGGCUGAGGUACUGAAUCUGACGGUUGCUGAUUUGUUUCAAGAGAUCGAGGAUAUCAAGCAAGAGGCCAGGGAUGUAUACGAUGAAAUAAUUGCCAAAUCACUAAGGUCAAAUUUCCCCAGAACCAAUGAACUGGGCUUCAUGGACUUUGUGAUCCAGAAUCUGCAUGAGCUGCUAAGUUCAAAAGCUGGUUCAUCAGUUCUUCAGCUGCAGCAUCAAAUGGAGACGGUUCUUGGAAGUAUAUUAUCCCUCAGAGAAGAUGUUUUUGAAAUUAAAGCAUUGUUUGCAGAGCAGAAAGAAGAGAGAGGCCUAUGGCUGCAGUUCAUAAACAUUGUAUACCAUACCGAAUUUGUCAUUGAUUCAUUUACUGCCAGAAGUGGAUAUCUUUGGGAUUGGAAAUUGGGGCUGUUUGAUAUCAUGGAACAGAUUCAUAUGAUCAGGAGUGAGGUCAAUGCUAUUAAAAUUACGAGGACAACUGACACUACAGUCCUCAAAAAUCUUGGUUGUGUAUCUUCUCUGGAAAAUUCAGGAAAUUCUGGUGCACUGCAGGAUCCCAGCUAUGAGGUUGGAAAUGAAACAAAGAAGCCCAUUGGUCACGUGGACCUUUUUGUUGAUGCAGAGAAAAAGAUAAGAGAGCAACUUACUAGUAAGUGCAAAGACUUGUGUAUACUCUCCAUUGUGGGAAUGCCUGGCAUUGGCAAGACAACACUAGGCAAUUCAAUAUAUGAAAAUCGUUUCGUUCGUUUAUGCUUUCAUGCUCGUGCAAGGUGCCACGUUGGUCAUGCGUGUCAAAAGAGAAGAUUGUUGCUUGAUAUUCUACAGCAAGUUUGUGGGGAAACUGACCAAGUAUGUGGAAGGAAUGAUGAUGAUUUAGCUGAAAAGUUGUAUCAAAGUCUCAAGGGCAAAAAGUACUUCAUCUUCUUGGAUGAUCUGUGGGAUCUUAGGCCAUGGAAUGAUAUGAGAGCCUGUUUCCCAGAUGAUAAGAAAGGUAGUAGAAUUAUGUUCACAAGCAGAUUUCAGAAUAUUGCUCUGGAAACAGGAAUGAAUACCGUGACUUAUCCUCUUACUCCAAUAUCAGAUUCUAGGACCUGGGAGUUACUGCAAAUCAAGCUAUUUGGAAAAGAAAGUUGCCCUCCAGAACUUGUCAAAGUUGGACAGAAAAUUGCAGCAGAAUGCAAAGGCCUAACUCUUGCAGCAGAUCUGAUAGCUGGAUUACUGAGAACGAUGGCAAGCAAAAAUGAAUGCUGGGCACAAGUUGCAAAUAGUCUAAAUACACACCUUCUUGAAGAUCAAGACGGACGGUGUAUGCACAUACUGGAACUUAGUUACAACCAGUUACCAGACCAUUUGAAACCGUGCUUUCUUUACUUCGGAGCAUUUCCUGGGAACAGAGAAGUUCCAACCAGUAAGCUGAUGUGGUUAUGGAUUGCAGAAGGAUUUGUUAAACUGCAAAAUGGUGAUGAAGGAAGCCCAGAGGAUGUAGCUAGGAGUUACUUGAAUGAUCUAAUUGCCAGAAGCCUAGUAAUAGAUUCCAAAAGGGGAUCCUCCAAUGGAGUGAAAGCAAGCUGUGUUCAUGAUCUAAUGCAUGAUUUUGCUCUGGCAAAAGCUAAAGAAGAGUGUUUUUUCCAGCAGCAAACAUGUGCUCAUUCCAGACAUGUGUCUUCUCAUGUCCAGACAUUGUAUGAGCCAUACCGUCUGUGCAUCUAUUCAGAAUGGGAAUGCUUCAAAGCAUCAAUGCCUUUCGGCCCACGCCUCCGCUCUCUAUUGUCUUCUGAUUUCUCAUGUUCUUGCCCCUUUGAGAACUUCAAACUUCUCAGGGUGCUCGAUCUUUCAGGCACCAUUGUCGACCUUACUCCUUGCAUAUUCCAGUUGGUUCAUUUAAGAUUCUUAUCUGUUUGCACUUCCUCAACAAGGAUCCCCUGGGAAAUCAGCUACCUCCAAAACCUGGAAACUUUACUACUAAGAUCACGCAAGGGUAUUCAAUUGCCCGACACUGUUUGGAAAUUGGUGAGAUUGAGGCAUUUCAGAAUAGAUUGGCAUUGCUUUUUGCCACGGUAUAAUCAAGAAUUCAUGGAGAAAACCUUCAAGUUCAAUAGCUUACAAACUCUUUCAACACCAUGUUUAUUUUUCCAUGAAGAUCUUGAGAAGACCAUGAGAGGCCUACCCAACCUUCGAAAGCUGAGUUGCAUAUUUUUAGAUUCAUGGGAUCAUUCUUUCAAUUGCAAUCGGUUUCCAGUUCUGGACUUUCUCACUCAACUUGAAUCACUCCAUGUGGUUUACGGUGGUCAGGUGGUUCGUCAUCCUUGUGAAUUCAACUUUCCCCACAAUCUUAAGAAGUUGAAGUUAUCAAAGUUUCGUUUGCCAUGGAGUGCAGUAUCAGCCAUUGGGAAACUGCCUAAUCUGGAAGUUCUCAAACUGUUGCAUGCCUCCUUUGAGGGUAAAACAUGGGACAUGAAAGAAGGAGAAUUUCUUAAACUCAAGUUCUUGAAGUUGGAGUCGUUGGACAUUGCACAUUGGAAUGCCUCAGAGGAUCACCUCCCUUGCCUUGAGACACUUGUGGUGAAGAAAUGUUAUGCACUUAUAGAGAUCCCUCUUUGUUUGGGGGAUAUACCCACACUACAGAGGAUUGAGUUGCAAAAUUGCACCCGCUCUGCUUGGAUUUCAGCCCGUACAGUGAAAGAAAAACAGAAGGAAAUGGGAAAUGACCAGUUUGAGUUCACUUUUAAGUUUGAGGGAUCGUGGAGGGUUCCCUAUGAAGUCUAG